AAUACGUUUAUAUAUGUAUAUAUAUAUAUAUAUAUAUAUAUAGACGUUUGUAUACCUUAAAUAGUGAAAGAGAGAAUUUCUGCCGCCAGCGGGCUCAUGAAACUGUCAUUUUUCUUUGACAUCCAACCGGUCGUUCCUGAAGGCUUGAGAAUGUUCAGUCAGUGAGGAUCCGGCGAGCCGAUCGUAUCUUACUAUAUAAUAUACAGAGACAGGAAGACCAUGGAACACAAUUGUUCGAUCGUGAAAAUCGGUCUGUUGUUUAUUGUUUUAUCGACAAUUGUAAUUGAAGGGAUAGCCGCACCUGAGAGAACGAGAAACGGCAAUUAUACCGAUCAAAAAUCAUUAUCAGCAGAAGAUUUUGGUUGGAGUGGAAGGUUCGAUCUAGAGGGUCUUUCGCCGUUUUACGAAGAUGAAGAAACGUGGACGGAAACUGAGGAAGGAUUGUCAAAAGAAGAAAAUUUAGAAGACAAAGACAAAGAUACAUUAUCCUAUCUUUUUCCAAACAUUCGAGCAUUCUCGCUAUCCGGUUUAAUGGAGUCGGUCUAUACGAUCGUCACUUCCGGUAUCAGUACAAUCGUCAACAAUAUAGUAGGAAGCGAAUCCAAGAGUGUAAAAUCACCUGGUUCAAGGGUCAGCUACAAAGGUCAUCAGCUGUUAAGAAUAAUACCGAGCAACGAUAAGCAGGUCCUUGACCUUGAAGAAUUAAGGGACAACGAAGUGGAAGAUCUUAAGUUUUGGACACAGCCAGCCAAGAACAGAACAACUGACAUAGUUGUGUCUCCUGAGAUCAUUCAGGAUAUGAAGAACUUCCUGAAGAGUCAAAAGUAUGAUUUCAAGGUCCUUAUCUCGGAUCUUCAGAAAACUAUCAGCUAUCAGAAUCCAAAACUAUCAAAGGAACAGCGCGAGGAUUUGGUCAGUACGCAGGGUCAUUCGAUGACUUGGAAACGGUACCACCGUUACGGAGACAUUCUACGGUAUCUAGAGUAUCUUGCGUUCAGAUAUCCCAGUCUAGUAGAGCUCGUUACAAUUGGUCAUAGUUUUGAAGGUCAACCAUUGAAGCUGGCGAAGGUGUCAACUGGACCGACAAAAGAUGGAGACACUAAGCCUACUAUCUGGAUCGAUGCUGGAAUGCAUGCACGCGAGUGGAUUGGAUCAGCUGUGGCGACCUAUAUACUUAGUCAAUUGGUAGAAAAGAAUUCGACCUAUGCAAAAUUGCUGGAAUCAUCCGAUUGGAUGAUCUUGCCAGUAGUCAAUCCUGAUGGUUAUGAGUUUAGCCAUACCGGAGACAGACUUUGGAGAAAGACAAGGAGCAACCAUGCCGAUAAUGACGGCGAAGCUAGGCACACUCCGGCUGGAAUAUUUCAUCUAGUCUCUCAUUACACCAAAUGGUUUUUUGCACGGUGCGAUGGCGUCGAUCCAAAUCGAAAUUUUGGAUAUCACUGGGGAGAGGAAAAAUCUGGUGCUGCUAGUACCGAUCCUUGUCACGAGACUUAUGCUGGUCCUCAUUCAUUUUCCGAACCCGAAACACGUGCUAUGGCCGAUUAUAUUUUGGCAAAUCGACAGAACAUCAAAAUGUAUUUGACGCUACACUCUUACUCCCAAAUGUGGUUAGUACCUUGGGGUUAUACGAAAUCGAGACCUUCCGAUUUUUCGGAAUUGGCAAACGUUGCAAGAAAAGCUGUUAAUGCAAUUGCGAAAGUUCACGGCACGCGAUAUCAAGUCGGCGCGUCGCCUGAUCUCCUGUAUCCAACUUCAGGCGGCUCCGACGACUGGGCUAAGGGAGUUGCUGGCAUUAAAUAUUCAUAUACAGUGGAAUUGCGCGAUCGUGGGACUUACGGCUUUUUAUUACCAGCUACGCAAAUCGUACCGACUGCCAGAGAAACGUGGGCUGGGAUACGUGCAAUUGCACGACUAAUCACUUGCAAUUCCUAAGAUAAAUUUUGAAAAAUUUGACCAACUGCCAAGGUUUCAAUGUAUCAGUGGAACUGUGCAGAAUUCAGACUUUGAAAAUUCUAUUCCUUAUCGUGACGCGAUAACGAUCUCGAUUUAUAUACAUAGAUCGUCCGCGCCAUUAUAAGGAUUCAAGUGAGGAUCACAGGUUUUAUCGAAAUUAAUUUAAUUCUUGAUUUCACAUGAAAGAAAACACAUCGAGCGAUUCCAAAUUUUGGAAUCGCAAUCUAUUCUCAGGAGGACUGAUCAAAAUGGUUUAGGUGCAUAUAUACCUGUAAUUUAGAAUCGUUAAUUUUAAGUAUUUAUAAUAAUAAUAAAUGUGCGUGAUACAUAUUUAAAUUUACAUUAAAUAAAUUGUCAAUGAUGAUGAAUGAUGAUUGUCAAUGAUUCGGUACAAUUUUUUUCAUGGUACAAUUCAAAGACCCAUUUAAUAAUGAUAAGCUCACUAUCAUUAUUAAAAUAUGUACUAGACAAUAGACAAUAGAUUUAGAAAAAUUAGAUAAUUUAACUCCUAUCGUAAUCAAGUGACCCAAAUAUUUACAUUUUUUCAAGAUUUAUCAAUUACAAUUUGGAUCUAUGACGUUAACAUAUUAUUGAUAUAUAUAUUUCUAACGUAUAAUUAAUAAAGUAUAAUUAAAAUGACAAUAACCAUUGUAAAUAAUCUGUCACUAUGAAUCUUAUCUACAGAUAAAAACUGUCAGUAUUCAUUUGGAAGUCUCUAAAUUCAAAUUCAAUCAACUUUAUACAAACAUCUAUAUUUUUCUUUUGCUGUGAAAAUAUUAAAAAUUCACUAUGGCAUUCGCAUUGUUACUUCUUGGUUUGUUCUUAUUUAUUUUACAAAUAACGAGGCAAACCAUUGUAACAGAAUCAUGUAUAAAUAGCUAGCAAAUCAGAAAUCAUUUCGUUACAAAAGAAACAAACAUAUGUAUAUGUAAUAGUAAAUGAACCCGACACGGGUUUUUACGGUAAUUAAAAUUUGUAUUUAUUAAUUACCCAUCAAGCCUCACUCGCUGCUAUAAUCAAUAUCAAAAUCUAAGCCAGUUUGAUUAAUGUUAUAUCUGCCAAUGAAUUUCAUAUCACACUUCAUCCCCUUCAUGGAAAUACACUUAUCAGCAAUGGAUUGGAUGCUUUUCCUGGAUAAUUUCUACAUAAGAUUUCAUUGGUCUAGCGAUUUCCACCCUUAUUAAGUUUGAAUCAAUCUUGCGGUGGAUAAUUAUAUGAUAAUAAUUGUUUUAUGAUAUAAUUAUUAUAUAUCGUUAUAUAUUAUUAUAGGAUAUAAUGUUGUUUUGCGUUAUGAUUUUCGGUGAUGAUUAUUUAUCAGUUUUACGAUUAUUGAAUGUGUCAUUAAAUGAAAUUAUUUAUUGGCAAUUUUUGAGAAUUUUUUACCUAUAUACCCUCGUUUUUCUUGACCUGCGUGUAUCUGCUUAUCAGAUAUUGUGUCAGUAGG